CGCAUGCGCAGUGCGGCUGUGAGCGGGCAGUGUUUACAGCUCUGCUGCUGGAUGCAGUUCCAGCUGAUGUUACUGGGAGAGAACAAUGUUGUGUCAGCCGCCGUUGGAGUAAACACACCAGUGGGUUUGAAGGUGAUUUUUCUCAUCAUCUCCUACCACUUCCUCCUCCCGUCCUCCAUUCAUGAGCAGCGUGGCUGAGUUAAACAGCGGCAGCCAUGGAUGACAAAGUCUCGGUGGGGAAGAUUAGCGUCUCCUCAGACUCAGUGUCCACCCUCAACAGUGAGGACUUUGUCCUUGUGUCCCGCCUGGGGGACGAGACACCCUCCUCCACUAAUAAUGGUAGUGAUGACGAAAAGACAGGACUGAAGGUGAUUUCUGAGGAAGGGGUCAGCUUUAAGAUUGUGGGGAAUGGAAGUGAACAGCAGCUCCAAAGGGAGUUGGAGGAUGUCCUAAUGGACCCAUCGGUAGCUGACGCUGGGCACGGACCGGGAACAGGAAUGGAAACCUUGGGUGUAGGGGGCCCUAGCCCUCUCCCUACGACGGCGACACCUGUGGCGCCCGGCUCUGACCCUCUGAGUUCAUCCCCGCCCAAGUUGGAGAUUGUGCUGCCCGUUCAGACGGCACAGGAGAGUGAGCUGAAUGAGAGGUCGUAUCGCGGGGACGAAUCAUCAUCCGAUGGCAGUCCCGGCAGUCCCAUUCCAGAUGAGGACAGCGUUGUGUUCAGCCAGCUGACAUAUCUGGGGUGUGCAUCUGUCAACGCCCCCCGCAGUGAGGUGGAGGCCCUUCGGAUGAUGAGUAUCCUCAGAGGGCAGUGCCAGGUCCCCCUGGAUGUCACCCUAUCGGUGCCAGGCGUGUCUGAAGGCACCGUCAGGUUGCUGGACCCCAACAACAGUACGGAGAUUGCCAACUACCCUAUCUACAAGAUUCUGUUCUGCGUGCGCGGCCAUGAUGGUACUCCAGAGAGUGACUGCUUCGCCUUCACCGAGAGCCACUACAAUGCUGAGAUCUUCAGGAUCCAUGUGUUCCGCUGUCAAAUUCAAGAGGCGGUCAGUCGGAUAUUGUACAGCUUUGCCACAGCGUUUCGGCGGUCAGCGAAGAAGGCUUUUCUGUCGUCUCAGCAGGCUGCUCCUCUCACUCCUGACAGUGACUUGUUCACCUUCACCGUCAGCCUGGAGAUCAGGGAGGACGAUGGCAAGGGUACCUUCAGCGCUGUGGCUAAGGACAAGGACAAGCAGAGCUUCAAGCUGCGCGCAGGGAUGGACAAGAAAAUAGUGAUUUAUGUCCAGCAGACUUCCAAUAAGGAACUUGCCAUUGAGAGGUGCUUUGGUCUUCUGCUCAGCCCAGGGAAAAAUGUGAAGAACAGUGACAUGCACCUGCUGGACCUGGAGUCAAUGGGAAAGAGCUCUGACGGGAAAUCUUACAUCAUCACAGGAAGCUGGAACCCCAACACGCCUCAGUUCCAGGCUGUGAAUGAGGAAACGCCCAAAGAUAAAUUCAUGUACAUGACGACAGCAGUGGACCUGGUCAUCACUGAGGUGGAGGAGCCGGUCCGCUUCCUGCUGGAGACGAGGGUCAGGGUGUGCUCGCCCAAUGACAGGCUGUUCUGGCCCUUCAGCAAGCGGAGCUACACUGAGACCUUUUACCUUAAACUCCGGCAGAUGGAGCGUAAGGAGCGCAAAAGUCCUGCCUCCGACACACUUUAUGAGGUGGUGAGUUUGGAAAGUGAGAAUGAGAGAGAGAAAAGGAAGACCACGGCUAGUCCCGGCAUCGUACCUGGUACCGGGGUUCCUUCACCACCUGAGGAUGAUGAAGAAGAAGAUAAUGACGAGCCGCUACUCAGUGGAUCAGGUGACGUUUCCAAGGAGUGUGCAGAGAAGAUCCUGGAAACCUGGGGAGAUUUACUUUCUAAGUGGCAUUUGAACCUAUCAGUGCGGCCCAGGCAGCUGCCAGCGUUGGUGCGGAGUGGUAUUCCCGAAGCUCUUCGUGGGGAGGUGUGGCAGCUCCUGGCCGGAUGCCACAAUAAUGACCACCAGGUGGAAGAGUACCGCACUCUAAUAACAAAGGAGUCCCCCCAGGACAGUGCCAUCACCAGAGACAUCAAUCGGACAUUCCCAGCUCAUGACUACUUUAAAGACACUGGAGGGGAUGGACAAGACUCACUCUACAAGAUCUGCAAGGCGUACUCUGUUUAUGACGAGGAGAUUGGAUACUGCCAGGGACAGUCCUUCUUGGCCGCUGUGCUGCUGCUGCACAUGCCAGAGGAACAAGCUUUCAGUGUCCUGGUCAAGAUCAUGUUUGAUUACGGGCUCAGGGAUCUUUUCAAGCAGAACUUUGAAGAUCUACAUUGCAAGUUCUUCCAGCUUGAGAGGCUCAUGCAGGAAUAUAUACCAGACCUCUACAACCAUUUCCUGAACGUGGGUCUGGAAGCUCACAUGUACGCCUCUCAGUGGUUCCUCACCCUCUUCACAGCCAAGUUCCCUCUUUACAUGGUCUUCCAUAUCAUCGACCUGCUACUGUGUGAGGGCAUCAGCGUGAUCUUCAAUGUAGCCUUGGCACUUCUGAAGACAUCAAAAGACGAUCUGAUCCAGACAGACUUCGAGGGGGCACUCAAGUUCUUUCGCGUCCCGGUGCCAAAGAGGUACCGCUCUGAGGAAAAUGCAAAGAAGCUGAUGGAGCUGGCCUGUAGCAUAAAGAUCAGCCAGAAGAAGCUGAAGAAAUAUGAGAAGGAGUAUCACACCAUCAGGGAGCAGCAGGAGCAGCAGGAGGCCCCGAUCGAGAGAUACGAGAGGGAGAACCGACGUUUGCAAGAGGCGAACAUGCGUCUGGAGCAGGAGAACGACGACCUGGCCCACGAGCUCGUCAGCAGCAAGAUAGCUCUGCGUAAAGACCUUGACAACGCCGAGGAAAAGGCAGACGCCCUGAACAAAGAGUUGCUGCUGACUAAACAGAAGCUUGUGGACUCUGAGGACGAGAAGAGGCGACUGGAGGAAGAGUCUGCACAGCUGAAAGAGAUGUGCCGACGAGAGCUUGAUAAGUCUGAAUCAGAGAUUAAGAAGAAUGGCUCCAUCAUUGGAGAAUAUAAGCAGAUCUGCUCCCAGCUGAGCGAAAGACUGGAGAAACAACAGACAUCCACCCGAGGAGAGCUGGAGAAAAUCAGGUCCAAAGUGGAAGGCUGUGAGAAGUGCAGCAGUCUCUUCAACAAAGAGGGUCGUGUGCGGGCCCCUGUGUCCACGGCGCCCGGCGGAGGGAGUGAGGAGACCGACGAGGAGAAGGAGGGUUUGAAGAACCAGCUGAGGGAGAUGGAGCUGGAGCUCGCUCAGACCAAACUGCAGCUGGUGGAGGCUGAGUGCAAAAUCCAGGACCUGGAGCAUCACUUGGGUCUGGCCCUCAACGAGGUCACGGCCGCCAAGAAGACCUGGUUCAACCGAACGCUCAGCUCCAUCAAAACCGUCACUGGGACCCAGGGGAAGGAGACCACCUAACCUGAACCCCCCCCCUCCCCCAUCCAGCCAGUUUUACCAACCGUGUGCGGAGCUCAGAGCGACUCACCACACUGAAAAACGCCUAAUCCUAACUGGGCCAUAUUUAACUUGAACACUGACAAUUUAAACCCAGGACGAUCAUUAACUACAGACUGUGUUACCUAACAAAAAUGUUCUCGUUCCCCCCCCCCGUUCCCUCGCCCACUGAUCUAAUCAACCAUUUUCUCGCCUUCCUCACCCCGAAUGACCUCAGCCGACCGUGCUGAUGAGAAGGGGUUUGGAAAAAAACACAAGAUAAAGAACGACGGUACCAUCGUCCCCGGAGGAAUCGACGAGAAAAGCGUUUAGAAAAUUGGAGGAUUGCUUCAUUGAUUUCUGUCUUUGUACUGCUGAUAUUAAAAAAGUGGCAGAAGGAAGGUAGGACACCUGGACUGACACUGUCCUCACAGGACAGAGAGAAACACACCCCGUCCUCCCUGACUCUUCUGCAUGCUCCCCUCGAAACUACUGGCACAAACAAACCAGUCCCUGUCAAAUGUUUGUUUUUCGGUACGAGAGCUAAAAUAGGCCUUUUCAAAACUGAGCUUUUUCUAAUUUACGUUGAACAAAACCUUUUUUUUUUCUAUGUAUGUUUAUGAAUGUGCUUAUGUAAAGAGAAUGUGUGUGUGUGUGUGUGUGUGCGCGCUUGUGUGUGUUUGUGUACAAGUGCACAUGUUUUAUUGUUUUAUGUUCUUUGUGUGUUUGCGGCUGAAAAAAAGAAACAUGUUUGAGUGAUAAUUAAUUGACUGAAAUAACAUUAAGCUGUGUGUGAAGGAGAAACAGAGCGUAAGUCCAAGGGAAAGAAAAAGCACUAAGGUAACGAGUGUGUGUGUGAGCGCAUGUGAGGGAGAACAGUUCCCACCCCCCAACGUUGUGUAGUUUCCUUAAAUGUCCAAGUGUGUUUUAUGAAGGAAGCUAAAGAGACGUUUGCUGACGAAGCCUUGAUCUGAAGGUCGAUAAAAGAUACGAGCUGAGAUGAAAAUGUAAUUUACAAGUUAUAAAAAACAGGCAGAAGCUUAAAAGCUGUUAAGUGACUAAAGAGCAACAGCCUAUAUGUCCUCCCAUCAAAUUUCAGACGUGAAACUUGCUCAAGGUUUUUGAUUGGUUCGGAUCUUCCAGCACAAAGAAACUUAAAAAGCUCCAAAUCAGGAAAACCUCUGCAUGUUUCACACCGAAUGUGUCUGUAUGUGAGAAACCCAGAAUGAAGCGAUGAUUGUUAGAAACCAUGAACACGGCUGAGAGGAGUGUAGAGUCAAAGAUGGAAAACACACACACACACACAGAACAUUGCAAUUCCGUUAUUGAACACACCUCCCUCUUCGCCUCUCUCUCUCUGUGGGCGCCAGCUGCUCCGCGACCUUUGACCUGAACUGUCACGGCCAUGUUUGAUAUAUUGUCGAGCCGUGUGACAUGUUGUGCUGUUGUAUUACAACAGUUUUCCCCAUGCACUCAGACCACUGGGUUCCGUUUGAGCACCACACACAAGCACUGAAUUACAAACACAUGCAGAACACUCGGCGGCCCUUUCAUUCAGAAGGAUCCCACAAACACGCAGACGUGAUCGAGACGUGGGGUGAUUUAUUGUGAAAAAAGCAGGAAGACAUGAUCUGAAAGAUGGUUUUGACUGCGAGGAAAACAGAAACAUUGUGGUCACUAAAUUAAAAAACAAUGUAAGACGAAGGACAUGAGGACACAGAUAAGAAUUGUUGAAUAUUGGCUUAACUUAAAGGUUCAGUGUGUAGAAUCUUCUGACAUCUUGUGGUGGAGUUACGUGUUGCAGCUGAACACCCCCCACCUCACCCUCACCUGUGGAAACCUUCAGUUGUCAUAACACUAAAAAAUGUGUUAAGUUUGUCCAGUUUGAGCUACUCUAAAAAAAACAUGGUGGCCUCCGUAGAGAGGACCCGCUCCUGAUGUAAAUAUAAAGUAUUUAAAUAUAAAGGGCUCAUUCAAGGGUAAAGAAAACAUCGAUAAGAUUAUUUUAUAUAAUCAAUUUCAGCCAAUAGAUCCCUUUCACCUAAAUCUUACACACUGGACCUUUAAGUUGCUCAAAUCUAUUUCAGAAUGUAGGCCAUAACAGGCAGGUGAUAGAUAAAUACAAACUUCUACAAUAUGAAACCACUUGUAGUUCCUGAUGUCACUUGCUGAGAUGUGGUCAGAUGUGGCUUUAAAUGCUUGAAUCCCUGUUUUGACUGUUGGGUAGAAGCAGGAGUGAGGAGCGUGCCCUGGUUUGUUAACAUCACUGGAAUUUCCACAGUGUCUGUCCCCGUCCUGUCGAGUCCCCUCUCGGUCGUGUGACUCGUCAUCCGGAGACGGAUCCAGGAACAUGACAGGAACCCGUGUUCGUUCCAGCUGAGCGCCCUCCACUCAGCGGAGCAGGUUUGGAACGAGGUGGAACAGGGGCACUACGGCGAGGGGACGGCUCCCAGGAGACAAACCUGCAGGAAUCGAUCGACUUUAUAUCGAACCACAAAUAAAAUCUCUGUAAAACAUUUCCAAAAACUUCACGCUUCGAAGAAUUCAACGUGUUACGGGAAAACUCUAUGUUUUUGGCCACUGAGUGCGUGUGUUUGUGUGUGUGUGUGUGUUACACCCGACAUGUAAUUCUGCACCUAAAGCCUGAGUUACACCAUCAGUCAGUCUUUCAGUGUAAUGUCCUCUGAGGUCACAGCAGGGGUCCAUCUAACAACCUCUAAAUCAGGCCAAAGGGAACAUGGGGAGGGGCUCUGCAGGUUUAUAAGUGCUUGUGUGUGGGGGGGUCGUUUUUAGGAAUUAUUUCCUUCAGCCUAAAAUGAGUCUUUACUGUAAAUUGCAUCAGGUGGAAUGUGAUUGGCUGGAAUCUACUUGUGAAAAGUCCCCGAUGAGACGAGAGAGAAGCUGAGGAGUGGUUCCUCGGAAGGCACUGGGUUGUACAUAACAAACAUUUAAAAUACUGAGUUUUUUGUUGAUGAUUUUUUACUCUGUAACUUUAACUAAUGUCGCCUCCUCGUACCGACCUACCUGCUGCCGUGCUACCGUUUAAUCCACAGCUACGUUUUGGGUUUUUUAACGUUUUGGUUUUCCGCUCCAGGCUCCUCGGCCUCACUGCUGUUUGGUUAUAUUAAAAUGCCAAAACGUAGCUUUAUCAUCCAGCAACAGAAACAACAUUAUCAAUGUGUGGAACUUGUAAUAGAGUAGGAUGCAUUGUGUAUACUACAUGGAUUUCAAUAUAAAGAUAUCGACACAAAA